CGCACUAUGAAAUUUGUUGACACGAAAACUUUUUGAGUGGAUAGAAAAAAACAAUUGGCUUGGAUGUUGAAAAUUGAUUCGAGGCGAUAGCUAGUUAGGACCCAUAUAAUAGUGUAUAGCAUAUAACCAACAAAAUAUAUCAGCUAAUCGGACAUUUGUACGGAUUGGGAAUUGUGACUGGAUUUUGAAUUGAUUAUAAGUUAAUUGAUUAUAUUAUAGUUAUGGCCGUUUUAUCAGCAGCUAUAUGUACUCGUGGAGGUAAGCCCUUAUUGGCUAGACAAUUUAAAGAAUUAACUAAUGAUAGAAUUACUGCAUUAUUAGCCAAUUUACCAAGUUUAAUAUCAAAUUCUGCUAGUCAACAUACUUCUGUUGAAGAUGAAUCAAUUAGAUAUGUUUAUCAACCAUUGGAAGAAUUUUAUAUUGUAUUAAUCACUAAUAAAACUUCUAAUAUAUUACAAGAUAUUGAUACUUUACAUCUUUUUGCAAGUUGUGUUAGUAAUUUAUUAAGAACAAUUGAUGAAAGAGAAAUAUUUGAUAAUUCAUUUGAAAUUAUAAGUUCAUUUGAUGAAAUUAUUAGUUUAGGUUAUAAGGAAAAUUUGACCUUAAGUCAAGUUCAAACCUUCUUAGAGAUGGAUUCUCAUGAAGAGAAAAUUCAAGAAAUUAUUGAAAGAAAUAAAGAAUUGGAAGCAGCCGAAGAAAGAAAGAGAAAGGCUAAGGAAAUACAAAGAAAAGAAUUGGCUAGAAGGAAUUUGGAACUGCAACAAUCUUCAACAUUUAAUAAUGUAUAUGGAGGUAAUGGAAGUGAUUCUUAUCAAAGUCAAUCUUAUCAACCAACAUAUCAACCACCACCAGUUAUAGAAGUUAAUGAUGGUAAUAAAAAUAGUAGUAAUGCUGCUCGUCAUUCCUUAAGUAAACCAAUUGCUGGUAGAGGUGGUUUACAAUUAGGUAAGAAAUCCACUAAACCAAUUAUUGAAUCUCAACAACCUUUAUUAGCUCAACAUCAACCAGUAUUCCAUCAUACAAAACCUACUUCUGAUGCAGCAACUCCACAAAGUUAUGGUGGUGAUGCAAUCACUCCAUCUUAUCAAAAUACUCCAACAUUUUCUCAAAGUGCUUCACCUAUUCCAAGUAAUCCUAAAGUUCCUAACAAUGGUAUAUUAAUUACUAUUCAAGAAAAGAUCACAGCUGAAUUGAGUAGAGAAGGUUCAGUGAUAUCAUCUGAUGUAAAGGGUGAUUUACAAUUAAGAAUUAAUAAUGCUGAUUUAGCUCAUGCUAAGAUUUUAGUUAAAUCUGCUGCUAAUGAUAAAUCAAGUAAAAUUCAAUAUAAACCACAUCCAAAUGUUGAUCGUAAAUUAUUUGUUAGUGAUAAUAUAAUUGGAUUAAAAGAUAAAGCUAAAUCAUUCCCAUCUAAUGAUCAAGCUAUUGGAUUAUUAAAAUGGAGAGCCACUGGUAAACAAGAUGAUAAUGAAUUUGUACCUAUAAUUAUUACAAGUUGGGUUAAUCUUAAUGAUGAAGGUUAUGCUCAAGUAACGUUAGAAUAUGAACUAACUUCUGAUUUUGUUGCAGCACAUCCUUCAAGUUCUGAGAAUAUUUUUGAAGAUAUUAAGAUAUUAGUACCUGUUGCAACUCAUGAAGUUAAUUUAAAUAAUGAAUCUAAUGAAUUAGUAUCAUAUGAAGUAAGUGAAUUAGGAGUUAUAUUUAAUAUUGAAAAAAUUACAAUUGAUGAACCUCAAGGAUCUUUUGAAUUUUCUAUUCCAAUUGAUGAAGAAGAUUCUUUAUUCCCAAUUCAAUUACAAUUUGAAAUUAAUCAAACUGAAAGUAAUGAAAGUGAUAUAUCAUUAGGUAAGAUUCAAGUUGUUGAUGUAGUAUCUGUAAGUUCUGAUGAAGAAUCUUUACCAUUUGACUUACACUAUAAUUUACAAUCUGAAAGUUAUGUAGUCAAUUAAAUUCCAUUCUUAUGUUUAUUUACUUUCUAAUUAUGUUUAUUCUAAACAUAUAAACAUAUAAUUCAACUUUUAUAAAAAUACAUAUACAUCCAUAUAAAUG